AUGGGGCCCGGGGCCGCCCCGCCGCCCGCGCCUGCCGCCCCCGACACCCCCGACCCGGGACGGCCCCGACAGCCGCGGGCCGCCCGGCUCACCGGACACACCCGCUCCCGCUCCCGCUCCCGCUCUCUUUCUCGGGGGGGGGGGUCGGGGUCGGGGUCGGCGGGGCCCCCGGUGGUCUCCAAGGUGGAGCUGCGGCUGAGCUGCCGGCACCUGCUGGACCGCGAUCCGCUCAACAAGUCGGACCCCAGCGUCCUGCUGCUCCUCCAGUCCCAGCGGCACUGGGUGGAGGUGGACAGGACUGAGGUCAUCAAGAGCAACCUCCACCCGGUCUUCUCCAAGGUCUUCACACUGGAUUAUUACUUUGAGGAGGUGCAGAAGCUGCGGUUCGAAGUGUAUGACAUCCACAGCCACUGCAGCAUCGGCUCUCAGGACGAUGACUUCCUGGGGGGUGUGGAGUGCACCCUGGGUCAGAUUGUGGCGCAGAAGAAGAUGACCAAAUCCCUGUUCCUCAAAUUUGGCAAGCCGGCUGGCAAGUCCACCAUCACGGUGACAGCGGAGGAAAUCUCUGGGAAGAAUGGUUAUGUGGAGCUCUCCUUCCAGGCUAGGAAGCUGGAUGAUAAGGAUCUCUUCAGUAAAUCCGAUCCCUUUCUGGAGAUCUACCGGAUCAACGAUGAUCAGAGCGAGCAGCUGGUGUACAGAACUGAGGUGGUGAAGAACAACCUGAGCCCCGUGUGGGACCCGUUCAAGGUUUCCCUGAACUCCCUGUGCAGCUGCGAAGAGAGGAGAAUGCUCAAGUGCCUGGUCUGGGACUACGACUCCCGCGGGAAGCACGAUUUCAUUGGCGAGUUUUACACGACGUUCGAGGAAAUGCAGCAAGCCAUUGGAGAGAGCAAGGCCCAGUGGGACUGUGUGAACCCAAAAUACAGAACAAAGAAGAGGAAUUACAAGAACUCCGGGACUGUGAUCUUGUCAGACCUGAAGGUCCACAGGGUGUACUCCUUCCUGGAUUACAUCAUGGGAGGAUGCCAGAUUCAUUUCACCGUGGCCAUUGACUUCACAGCCUCAAACGGAGACCCUCGAAACAGCUGCUCUCUCCAUUACAUCAACCCUUACCAGCCCAACGAGUACCUGAAGGCUCUCAUCGCGGUGGGGGAGAUCUGCCAGGACUAUGACAGUGACAAGAAAUUUUCUGCUCUGGGAUUUGGAGCCAGGAUUCCCCCAAACUAUGAGGUCUCCCAUGACUUUGCCAUUAACUUUGAUCCCGAAGAUGACGAGUGUGAAGGGAUCCAGGGAGUGGUAGAGUCCUACCAGAGUUGCCUGCCUAGAAUCCAGCUCUACGGUCCCACCAACGUGGCGCCCAUCAUCACCAAGGUGGCCCAGGUGGCCGCUGCCGAGGAGAACACCAACGAGGCUUCCCAAUAUUACAUUCUCCUGAUCCUGACGGACGGCGUGGUGACCGACAUGGCGGACACGCGGGAGGCUAUCGUGAGGGCCUCCCACCUGCCCAUGUCCAUCAUCAUCGUGGGCGUGGGCAACGCCGACUUCACGGACAUGCAGAUCCUGGACGGGGACGACGGCGUCCUGCGCUCGCCCAAGGGGGAGCCGGUUCUCCGAGACAUCGUGCAGUUCGUCCCUUUCCGUGACUUCAAGAGUGCAUCGCCCACAGCCCUGGCUAAGUGUGUCCUGGCCGAGGUGCCCAAGCAGGUGGUGGAGUAUUACAGCCACAAGGAGCUGCCCCCUCGCUGCCCCACGGCCGACUCCCCGGACCCCACAAUUGGCCCGUCCCAGUGAGGGCACCUGGCUGGGACAACAUGUCGCCCCCUUGUAUUUUUUUUGUUGGCAGAUGGAGGGGACGAUGGGAGAAGUUGGGGGCUGGAGGGGGAAGAUGAAAAGGGGAAGUUCCUGUGAGCCAUCCAGGGCUCGCUCCUGUUCUCUGGCGGAUGGGCUCGCUCCUCUGAACCUCACAGACAAGAACAUCCUCCCCGCCCUCUCCCACUUCCACUUGUUUCGUGCGCUUUGUGUUUCCAGAGUGACCGGCUCGGACACGGUCCAGAUCGGGGGGGCCCACAGGUGGGACUGGGGCUCUGACCUCUGGGCCUCUGGCUGAAGUGGGGGGUCAGGGAACCUGGGGGGCUGCAAUGGGGCCAAGGAAGGACCCUUCCAUCCCCACCAUCCUCCUCCUCCGGUCCCCUGGCCUCGCAGGCCGCCCUGCCUGCUUCCAUCAGACCAGCUGAGUCACCCUUGUCCAGCAGCUCUGCCUUCAGGGCAGAGGAAAGAGCGGGGAGGGACCACCCGGCUCUGGCUACUGUGAAGGGGGAGACUCAGUCGGACCCACCAGGUGAGUGAGGGGCCGGGACCCACUCCUCCCCUUCCCCUGCUUAGGAACCUCCGGAAAGGAGGAGAAAGCAGGAGAAGGAAGAACAGCAUCUGGGAUAGACGGGGGAGCCCAGAAAGCCGAAGGAGCCAGGGGCCGUGGGAAAACUUUGAGGGUGGGUUCUUCCCGGGCAUACCCCUGUCGGGCUGAGCAGACACCCAGUGAGGAGAGGAGGAGGAGGAGGGUAAAGGGGACAGGAGAAAAGGGUGGCAGUGGUGAGCCUCAGUGGGCCUUGGCCUGGGGUGGAAAUGGUGGGUGCUUCCCCCAGCUCUCCUCUCAAAGCCAUGGAGGUUGACCCACUCCCAUCUGCCCUGGGCUCGGCCUGCUUGGUCAAGAUGUAAGGUUUUGGCCGAGACCCCUUUCUUGCUGCGUUGUUUAUGCUGGGGAGCGAUGGUUCCUUGUGGCCCCGAGUCUGUGUCGGGGACCGAUGAAGCUGGGUGGAGAAUCCCAAGCCCCAGGUUAGGGUCCCGUGCCCAGUUCCCCCACUGUCCAGACAGAGGAGAAGAGAACAGGUCUAACUGCGAAGGGGAAGCCGCCCCGUCCUCCCUGUCCCCCAGCUCACCGGUCCCCUCGAAUUUACAGAAAAGCAUGGCCCAGACCUCCUGGCCCUGGGGCCCCCAUGGGAGAAAACAGGCAAUGCUAGGUGGGGGGCUUGGUGGUCUGACUCGGACCUCGACCCCUCUAAUUGCUCAUCCGGCUUUAGCUCACCAAUCUGUUGUCCUCCCCGCUCCCUCCCCGACCUGGCCGCUAAGAAUCCUCCUCUCUCUGGAGCCUGUGGGGAUGACGGAGAAAAGGGGAGGCUGAAGGUGGGCUCUGGCCCAGGGGCCCUACUGGCUCCCUAACCUUUGCCAGGGAGGCUCAGGGACCUAGCUGUCUGCAGGGGACUAGACGGUGAGAGGGGAGCGAAGCACCUGGAUAGCCCCCCGGCCUACCUCCAGCCGCCUUCCCCUACAGCUGAGCAGGAAAUCAGGUGUGGCCCAGGUAUGGGUGGGAAGUGUGGCUCGUUUGGUUUUGGGGGUCAGGCUGCCUGGGUCUCAUCGGCCUGCCCAGGCUCGGAUGCUUAAUUUCUCUUUUAAACUGGAUAAUCUCGGUUCUGUUCUCCCCUGCCCCACUCCUGGUCUCAGUUCGGUGCCUGCUUUUGCCGCCCCUAGGUCGCGUGUCCCUGUGGUCAGUGUGUCGGAGGGGUGACAAUAAAACUUCACCUUCCUUGCCGUG